AUGGCCUUCCUACCGAAGCUCGUCUUCUUGGCAUUAGCCGUGAACUUUGCCUACGCGGAGCCGUCGUGCACCGAUACCCGGGGCUUCAGGUUCAGACGGUACGUCUGCAAGGACUUCCGCAGGCCGGAAGACUUCCAGAAGUACGUCGUGAGGGGCGACGCCCAACAGGAGACCUGGUUCCAGCUGAGGGACAGUCACUUGGAACAUCUGCCGUCACGGGCUUUCGCCGAGCUGAACAUGGUGAAGCUGACUCUGCACAACGUUACAGUGACCACGUUUGCGGAGUCAGGUCCCGACACGAAUCCUUUCUCGGGCGUCGAGGACACGCUGCGCAAGGUGGUCUUCCACGAUGAGAGCACUCUCCCGGCGUCCUGGGUUCUGCUGUCCGGUUUGAAGAAGCUCGAAGAGGUCUGCGUGGACGAGUACAAGCACCUCAACUUGACCCGUGACUUCAACCACCUGCCCCAGGGAGUAAAGACGCUGUACGUGACCAAGUCGACGGUGCACCACGUGGAUCCCGACUGGGUGUCGUCCCUGACCAACCUGGAGGCGCUCGUCUUCAAGAGGACCACCCUGAAGACCUUCGCUCGAAGCUGGCUGCCCCGACCGGCUCCCAGGUUUACGCUGCUCGAUUUGCCAGACAACCAUCUGACCACGUUCCCGGAAGGACUCGGGGACGAGCUUCCUCGACUGAGCGUCGUCAACGUUGAGAGGAACCACCUGACCACUCUGGAAGAGCGAGACCUGGGACCUCUGCAGCGCAAUCAAGUCUUCGUCAGCCUGACGGGCAACCCAAUGCACUGCGACUGCAAGCUCUGGUUCCUGUUUGGGUACACCCACAGGUGGCACUACUUCAAGUGCAGCACUCCGGAAGCGCUGCACGACCGCUACUUCAUGAGGCUCACCGAAGAGGGCUCUCCCUGCACCAACGCCACCUCGGUCUAA